AGCAUGUUAGGCAUCAUGCAAGAAGCGGUUGUUUCAGGGUUAUAUAUAUUGAUAAAACUCAAGUGUUCGUACAUGAUUGUCGUCACAAUUGUGCCCGCCCGGGCUUCGCCCCUAAGGCACGCAGACGAACCAGGCAGCAGGUGACCAAACGGGGGCCCGCCGAUAAAUCAGAGCAGAGCACGGUACUAUGUACACAGUAUCUCCAAUCGAGAAAUCAUAGACAAAACCGGAUUCUCGUCUCGUAAGAGUGGUGGAACCCCAAACCCAACAAACGGAUGGGAAAGACCAGCAGAGAAAUAGGUCAUCAGAUAGGGACAGGGGGUCCAAACUCAGGGAUCCGGUUACGGAAUCUCGAUGGGGGGAUAAACGAUUGGAAAUGUGGUGUACGAUAAUAGAAAGGAGAUCGGAGGAUGCCAGAGGAUUAAGGUGCUACGCCCGGCCAGCCCUAAGGAAAGAAAGCAAAAGGAUCAAGGUGCAGCGCGGCCGAUAACCGCAAUGAGGGCAGUUCUUCGCCGCAACUCUCACGAACUGACUGGUCUCCGAACAUAAGAGACGGAGGAGGGGUGGGGAUAGAGGUAUCCCGAAUGCGCAGGAACCCGCUAGCCCCUCUAAAGGAAUACGGCAAGAGCAUAAAUGAGCUGUAAGCUGCGCUACACAGUAAAAGUGGUUCCCAUGCCCAUCAUGAUUCGGUUUAAGGCGGGCAGGGGAAAACGGCUUUAUAUGGUCGGUGCACCAACCGCACUUGCGCUGAUUCAGUGGCCCCGAGACGUCGCAUUACGAUACCGGUAGUGGGGAACGGAGGGAGGAGGAGAAAGGGAGAUUGACGCAAGGGACGGAUACAGUAUAUCUACGGUACUGGCAUUGCAGGACCAAAGAAAAAAGCAACCGCACCACCUCUUCCGGGUCCGACGAGCCCACUGAGCGCUUUCCAUUACAAGUACCCUUUAAUGUCAGGACGUCCCCAGCCGGGAGCCGUGCGCGAUAAAGAAAGAAGCUUCCCCAACUCCUUCCUCCAACAGCCUUAAAAGAACGAAAUAAACUACCGUGCCACGCUGGCGAUGUCGGGAAGCUGAAAAAAAAAUAGACAUUUACCGAAUAUUCAUCCUUCACACCUUAACCCUGCAGGCCCGAGUAAAUCCUGUCCCGGAACAUAUUCCGACCCUGAUCGUCAGAAAGACACUCUGAUUUUAUAUAUAUACUCGCAUAAACCGCCCUAACACAGCCUUUCUCCAGCUUUUACCGUGUUCUACUUUCUUUUUUCUUUUCCUUUUUUCUCGCUCCCUGCCCUGUGCUAUCCAUCUACCACUCUCCUCCUCACCCAAUUCACCGCAACCACGGUCAUCAAUCCUCGUGGACCACGGCCAAAGCCUACCCCCCCGAAGAGUUCCAAUUCCGAACGCAAACCUCGGUCAAAAUGAUAAUGACAUCAAUGCGACUGGCCAGCCACAUCAUGAGUUGUCGAGUAUUCGAGAAGCUCUUCAUUGAGACGGAAAGUCAGCAAAAGCUCUCGGGUUUGUCCCUCUAAAACCUCUACCACACUCCUCGAAAGGCUAACCCUCCUCCUCCUCGACAAAAGACUAUUGCAAACAAUCGGACAUAUCCCCUCCAGUCUACAUAAUCUACCAUCCUUCGCCCAGGAUGUACUCCUGUCGGGUCCGAAUAAACGGUCGGGAAUAUGUCUCCAUAUCAGGCGUAGAAUUCGAGAGCGCGAAUGAAGCACGAGAAUGCGCAGCAGGCGUGGCGUUGGACAGACUCUUGGGCGAUACCAUCGGCUAUUGUGAAGCCGUGUGAAUAAGGGAAGCAGGAGCCCGAAAUCCAAGCAGAAAAAAGAAAAGAAAAGCCACUUUUGCACGUUUUCGGGGCGAAGCGUGGUGGUGGUGGUUAUAGCGUCUGUGGGGUUAGGAGUUUGUAUUUUUAUUAUUAUUAUUAUGAUAUUAUUGUUUUAAACGGAAUUGGGCGUCGUCGGAAGAUUUUUUUUGGAGUAUUUCAUGGUGCUUUCUUUUUUUUUUUCUACUUUUCUCUCCAAUGGAUGUAGGCUCUUUUUUUUUUCCGAUUCCUUUUAAUACCAUACCGGCACCAACACUGCCCUCCUUUUCUCCUUCCGGCUGAUUGGGUGUGUCGUUUAAGCUUUUUUAAUUAUUGAUAGCGGGCAGGCUACCGUACCGGUACGCCGAUACCGGUAUUAGUGGUGGUGGCUGAGGCUGUUAAGGCGCUGCACAGAAACUCACCAUCCGCCGAGAUCACCGGUAUGCCAUGCGACCUUGCCCCCUAUCAU